AUGCGUCGGGUCGUUCGAGCGACCGCCGUCGUGACGGUCGUCGCGGCGGCGCAGCGAUACACCCCACGUCCGUCCUCGACACCGCGCCUGUCCUCGCCGCCCCGCCCGUCCUCGACUCCGACGGCGGCGUGCAGCUGGGGCGGCGCCACCCACGCGUACAGCUACAACCUCACGACGGCGCUGCCGGGGCCGCGCCAGUGCUUUCCCAACGUCUACGGCGUCGGCGCGCCGCUCGAGUUUCCGUACCCGCGCAGCAGCUACAACUACGAUCUCGACCCGCCGGUGGUCGGUCCACGCAUCACGGCGCAGUGGUCGGACCGAGAGACCAACUCGACGGUGCUGGCGUACGACUACGAGACGUUCGAGUCGACUGGCGGCGACCUCCUGUACCGAGCACUCCCGGACGCGCCGGGCGUCUACACCUACGCCGUGCAAGCGUUCGACUACACCAAGAAGAACCAAGCGUCCCCGCCUUGUACGUCGUGUUUGGCCGUCACCGACUACGUGCGGCCGUACGCCGUCCUCCCGCGCGACGGUCUCUGCGGCGCGACGAUGACGCGCAACUACUCGGUCGACGCACUCCAAGCCGCCGACGACCAAGUGCUUCAGCUGCUCGCAUACCGGCGCACGGCCGCCAACAACGACGCGUGCAGCGGUCGCCGGUGUGACACGGUGCGCGUCACACAAACGAGCUUCCUUAGCGCGUUCCCGACGUCCGUGCUGGAUGGGGCAGGCUCGGCCGUGGACGCAACCCCCGACGGCUGGCUCGGGUGCCUCCGCGCGCCGCUCUCGGACCGCGAGCGCCAGCGGCUCACGACGCCACUUGCCUAUGUGACGGACGCACGCGUGUGCAAGCGUACGUGCGCCUACUUUGUCGGUCUCCAGGAGCUCUACACGCCGUUCACCUGCAACGCCAAGGUGGUGCCAACGCCCAUUUGCGCUGGCGACGCGUCCGAGAGCUGCAGCCUCACGCAGUCGCUCGUGCUGCCGAGCAGCGACCUCGUAUCGUGCGCAACCGUGUCGCUCCAGCCCACCGGACCGCACCUGCUUGACCCCGAGGCGGCGUUUCCAGGCGCCGGGUACCUUCCGCCGUCGGCGCGCCACUUGCAUUUAACGAUUCCGUGCUACCACUCGAAUGCGUCGUUUGCGUCGUACUGUGACGACGUGCUGCACUGGCGCGUGAGCGACCUCUUUGCCUUUUCAACGACCUUGGCGCCAUCGCAGCCGUGGGGCUUGGACUCGGCCGCGAGUCUUGUCACGUGGUUUGUGCAGCAGGGCGAUCGGUGGGUCGCGGUCGACGACUCGAAGGCGCUGACGUUUAGCAAGUUUCGAGAUACGCUCACGUUUCGGGCCAUGACGGCGUGCGGCCAAGUGUCGAGCGACGUGACGUGGACGGUCUUCUCGCACCGGUCCGAGGCCAUUAGCAUUGACGCGUGGUGGAACAGUCUCUGGAGCUGCAGCGCCUGCAACGAACCUGGUGCUGACUUUGGCGUCUGCCGCUUCCGGCUCGACCCAAACAGCGCGCUGCACAAGGCGAUGCUAGAGCCAUCCACCAAAGCACCGAGCACGAAAAAGCCCAGCAGCAGCCAGCCACCGCGCUGUGAGUACCGCUGUCCGAGCACGAAUCGCUUACAGUCGUGUGCGCGCGGGUGUCUUGCCGACAGUGUGUGCGACCCAUCCGCUUUGCCCGGCGACUGCGCCAAGCGCCGAGGCGCCGUGUGGUGCGGCAGCAAGCUGCUCGAGGCCGCGACGCCCAAGUACACUUUACUUGGCAUCAACUGCGCGUGGCAGUAUCCGAACGCGACGAUGGCCAACUGGAGCAUACCGGUGAACGCAGCCAUUGACACGGCGUUUGCGAUCAAACUGCUCAACCGGCCGACGACAACGAUCAUCGUCGCCUGCACCUUUGAGUUCCAGCCCAACAUGGGCGAGCCGGUCGUCUCGAAAACGCGGUCGCUCAGCGUCGACAUGCAAAACUGCGACCGCCCGCGCUUCGACGACUCGCACGCGCUGGCGUUCGUCAAGGACAACUGCAGCGCGUCGUGGGAACUCGAUCACCGCCGGGAGCCCGCACCGGCGCAGGCGUGCGGCGGCCAUCUCGUGUUCCCCGACACACCGGACGCUCAGAGCACAGUGCUCUUGACGCCGGCGAAGGACAUCGGUUGUUGCAACAGCGCAGUCUCUACGUUCGCCUGCCAAUCGCUGAAAUCGCACCCGAGCAUCAAGCAAUGCCGACCGACGUCCGCCUCGGUCAUCGCCCGCGACGCCCUCGCGAUCGAGCAGCAAAGCGUGUGGCAUCCCAUGGCCGCCGGCUUUCUCGUUUGUGCAGCCGUCGCCGUUGCAGUCACUGUGCGCCACCGCCAAGCGGCAUGUGAGGCUGACGAAAGCGCAUACAUGGCCCUGCUCUAGUCACUUGAUAUUUUGAUAUUCAAAUUUUGACAUUUUCGCCACGU